AAAAAUGGAAAACACUAUUUUGCUCAGUUUAAUUAAAUCAUAACAGAAAAAUUUAAAGCUUUUUAUUUUUCAGUUCAGUCUAGUUUUCUGAAAAUCGCUGCACGGUUUCCGUAACAGAUUGAUCGUCUGAUUUGGUCUCUCUUCACGGUUUUCGUUUGGGAUUCUGUGAAGUUCUAUGGACACUAACUGUGAGCUGAAGACCAACAGCAGAGACAAACUGCAGGACAGAGAACCACAGACAGCGGGUCAGGGUCCACUGUGGACAAACAGAACGUUGUGUGGCGCUGUAGGCGGCGCUCAGCAGUACGUCUGGGAGUGUUGGUGUUUUUAUUGUCGUUUGCACAUGCAGUACAUCGGAAUUUUUCUUUGGCAUCUCUCAUGUCAGGGUAGAAAUAAAAAGGACACAAAUUUAAAAUAAAGUAAAAUUAGACAACAAAAGUACAAGUACAUUGACCCACAAUGCAAACUAAUUCGCUUCAAAUUGAAACCGCUCUUCCUUUAAGACUUUCACGCUGCCUGUUUAGGAUCGCCUGUUGCCUGUUCAGCUCAAUGCAAAGCUGCCCUGAGCUGAAAUGCAGACGACUGACCCAGAAAAGGUUCACGCAGAGCGACCUUAACCAGAAACCCGCCAGCAGCUUCUAAGAUUCCUGGGUUUUGUACAUUGUUAUUUAGAACUUCAGUUGUGUGGUAGUUGUCAUGGUGCAAGGAGGAGGAAGCUGCCUGAUGAAAGAAACGCCGUUUACUGAUUUGGAGAAGACAAUGAAAUCCAGGAACUGGUUCAGGAGGUGGUCAGGGCCUCCAAAAUGUGAAGGCUGAACUAACCAAACAUGACCAGCAGAGGGAGACAGAGGCCCAGAGACAGGCCAAACCAUGACAGUUCUACCUCCAACCAAAGUCCUUUCACCAUCAAACUGGACUCCUGAUGCACAGGCUGCCUUUGACCAACUCAACCCACUGUCCACCGGCUCCUAUCGUUCAAAUGCAGUGUGUAAAAUCUUCUCCUUUUUACAGAUAAUUUGAUCAUUUUUGAUCAUUUUCAAUAAUUCUUUCUACAGCAGAAUCAGAAAAUGUUCGGAAACUUUUAUUCUUCUUCUCAUAAUUAUUGAAAGCUUUUUUUUUUCUUCUUCUUGUUCAGCAUGAACCCCGUCCGUCUGUCUCCGGUGCGACUUCAGUGUCCGCAACUUUAGAACCGGGAAAAUGUCUGCAGGCCUUCGGCGGUUCAUUUGAAGAUUUCUGCUUCAUGACGGCACCACGCGGGCAUUUUACAACCAAUCAAUCAAUACCACUUUAGUAUAGAUAUUUGGUCAAUAGCGUCCAGAAACUCAAUACUUUGGGUGAAAGAUUCCUCUCGUUUGCGCAGUUUCCGCUUCUGCGCAGAAGCGACGCCCGCCGGUCGAACUGCGGCUGUGGAGGAGCCGUCAGAACGCAUGCGCGAACGUAAAGCGGGUCAUAAAUCCAUAAAAUCAUACCGUUUGUGACGCAGCACGUAACUCGUCGUCAUCAUUCAGACAGAUGGGGGAGUAUUGCGUCAUGACUACGAUUGUUUUGCAGGUUAUUGGCUUAUUCAAAGUCGGAUGACAUUAUUUGACGUCAUCACCAACAUCUAUUUAUAUCCCUGCCUGAACUCACGGAGUGAAAGGUGGAAUCAAGGGGCUUGGAAAGUAUAUACUGGAAGGUGAGCGCAAAAGACUUGAAGCAGCGAGAAAACAGUUCACGGAAAUUCUAGAAGAACGUUUGAACAGGUCUCUGAAAGAAAGUAGGCAAAGUGCGGAGAACAUCUUCACCCAGAACUCCAUGUUGUCCAGUCAAAUUGAAGACAUUGGCAAAAAUCUGUCCAACAUGAAGGAUUUGGAGAGAACCCGCAAGAACCUGGAGAGGGAGAGGAAAGCUGCUUCUCAGAAAAACCGUGAACUGCUCAAAUCUCUGCAGACAUUGAACACACAAGUUCAACAGCAGAUGAAAAUCCAGCAGAGAUGUGACGCAGAGAGACAGAAAGUUGCGGACUUCUCUGAAAACAUCCGUGAAACCAAAGAGAAAAUGACCACUCUGAAGUCCAAACUUCAGCUCCGCAAAGAGCUGCUAUUAGACCACAAAAGAGUGAAACAGGAGAGGAAAGCCAUGGAAAAGAAAUCUGCGGUUCUGAAAGCCGAGCUGCAGAAGCUGCAGAGAAAGGUCGCCCACCAAGCAGUCCUGGAAAUGGACUACAAACUGGAGUUCAACCAUGUCCACGCUCUGGAAGAGGAGACCACGGCUCUGAAAACGGAGCUUCAGAAGCUGCAGACAGAAAUCCGGGAGCGAGACCAAAUUAGAGAAUCGUUUGCCACUAUGGUGGAAGAACGAUACCGUUUGGAGGACCUCAAGAAAGAGCUGCAGACAGAGCUGUCCCGGCUGAGAGAGCAGCCGGCUGACGCCAAAGAGCUCAACGUCCUGCAUCGCAGACUCACCCAGGAGCUGAAGGAACUCACAAAAGAAACCAAACAUCUGCAGAGAAGACGGGAAGGAGUCCGACGCUCUGUUCAGGAUGUGGAAAGGCUGGAAUCUGCAUGUCAGAAACUCCAAGCAAAAACCAAGAUGGCGGUCCAAACCAACUCUGACCUCUCAACGGAAAUCACAAGACUGGAAAACGAAGUCAGUCAGAAUUGUGGUUUGGAGGACAGAGUCACUGUCGCCAGAGAGGAAAGUGAGAGGAUGGAGAAGGAAACUGUCACUCUUCAAGGAAAAAUCAAAGACUUGCGCUUCCAGAUCCAACAGUUCCAGCGGCAAACUGAGGAUCUGAACCAGGAACAUCGAAAGCUGCAAAUCCAACGCCACAAAAGAGACCAAAUGAGGGUGAAGUAUUCCAAUAAACGGGAGGAAAUUGGCUGCUUGCAGAACCAGCAGGCGGCUUUGGAAACUGAAAUCUCAGACCUGAAAGUUCAAGAAACUGAAGCUCAGGAACGGAUUGAAGAGUACAACAAGCAAAAGACUGAAGCAUAUCUUCUUCAGCAGAAGAACCAAGAGCUCCAGAAAACCAAGGAGGAUCUGAUAGAGUCCAUCAAUCACAUGAAAGAUCUGGAAUCUGCACGUCAGGGCAUAAGAGCCCAAACAGAGACGAUUGUCAGAAGGAACAUGGAUCUCGCCUUGACAGUUACCCAACUCCAAGAAGAAGUCAAUGGCUUUGAGGAUGUGCAGAGAAGAAUUCGGGCUGCACACGUGGAAAGGGAUACUGCACAGGGGGAGACCAUGGAGCUUCAAGAGAGAGUUGCAGUUUUACAAGAUCAAAUUGGACAUUUCAAACAGCAAAAUGCAGUUCCUGACUGUGAGAUGAAAAACCUGCAAAUACAAAAUCAGACAAGAGACCAAAUGAGGCAGCUCCAGGUGACUUCAGAUGAUGAAGAGUCCGUGAAUUCCCGAGCAGGAACAGGCUCCAUCACUGAAAUGAAAGAUUCUGGCUCUUCACUGACUGAGACAGAUCAGGGCUGCUGGAGCCUAUCCCAGCCACCCGUGGGCGAGUGUGUCUCCAUUGGAGACUCCUUCAGGAGCACAGCUAGCAGCUUCAUGGUCUGCAGCUUCAUCCCUGAGGGGGUCACUGCCAUCUGGGAGAGCCUCGUGGGGGAGUUCAUGGCUGUACCUUCUGCAGAAGACUGGAGAUAG